GUCAUUCAUAUUGACACUAUUUUUUGUGCAGCUCACCUAAUUCCAGUGUUUGGUACAACCCUGCUCUUGCCAUCAAUUAAAUUCCAUCAUGUCCUUGACAUAUUCACACUAUUCUAUGUUAACAGAUUCACAAACCACCAUGCCUUCGAAAUA